AUAUUUGACUCUUUUUUCUUCUUUUCCAAGCUUACUAGUUUGGAUUAUUAUCGACAACGGACAGAGUGACUUAUGCAUUCAGUAGAUUCAUAUCAUCCUUUAAAGUAUAACAUUGAAAUACGAAACCUAUAGAAGACAGAACAAGAAAAAGAAAAAAAGAAACAGCAACAGAGCCACGAAAAUGUCAAUCUUCUUCAUUUUCCUCUUCCUCGUACUACCCCUUAUCUUAAUCUGGUUUAAACCUUCGAAAUCGAAGCUUCCUCCUGGCCCAAGGAAGCUCCCGAUCAUCGGAAACUUACACCAACGCCGAGAAUUAAACCCCAGGAAUCGUCGUGAUCUCUCCGAUAAGUACGGACCAGUGGUGCUCCUCCGACACGGAUUCGUCCCCGUGGUGGUGAUCUCGUCCAAGGAAGCAGCAGAGGAAGUUCUAAAGAUCCACGAUCUUGAGUGUUGUAGCCGACCGGAGACAGCCGGGACCAGAACGAUCUCUUACAACUUCAAAGACGUCGGAUUCGCACCUUACGGUGAAGACUGGAGAGCGAUGAGGAAGCUCUUGGUGAUCGAGCUUUUCAGCUCGAAGAAACUUCAAUCUUGUAGGUAUAUCAGAGAGGAAGAGAACGACUUGUGUGUCAAGAAACUCUCUGUUUUUGCUACGACACGAUCUCCGGUGAAUCUUGACAAAACCCUUUUCACUCUUGUCGGGAGUAUAGUGUGUAGGAUCGGGUUCGGGCUAAAUCUCCGUGACUGUGAGUUCGUUGAUGAAGAUAGCAUCUUUGAUCUUGUGGACAAGUCUGAAGUGGUCAUAAGGGAGUCUAUGUUCUCUGAUCUCUUUCCCGGAAGAAUCGGUAGGCUCAUCGAGUGGUUCUCUGGUCAGAACAAGAGAUUGAACAAUCUUUUCUCGGAGCUAGACACUUUCUUUCAGAAUAUUCUCGAUGAUCAUCUUAAUAAGCCUGGAAGAGAGAGCUCUGAUAUUAUUGACGUGAUGAUCGAUAUGAUGAAGAAGCAAGAAAGAAAUGGAGAUUCUUUGAAGCUCACCACUGAUCAUCUUAAAGGGAUGAUCUCGGAUAUAUUCCUAGCAGGGGUUAAUACAAGUGCUAGCACAUUGGUAUGGGCAAUGACUGAGCUGAUCAGAAACCCGAGAGUGAUGAAAAAAGUGCAAGACGAGAUUCGGACGACACUUGGGGACAAGAAGGAGAGAAUCACAGAAGAAGAUCUAAGCCAACUUGACUACUUUAAGCUAAUGGUCAAAGAGAUAUACAGGUUACAUCCAGCAGCUCCGCUAUUGCUACCAAGAGAGGCAUUGUCUCAUAUCAAGAUCCAAGGAUACGAUAUCCCUCCAAAAACACACAUCAUUAUCAACGCUUAUGCGAUUGCACGUGAUCCAAAACUAUGGGAAAAUCCAGAUGAGUUCAACCCUGAUAGGUUUCUCAACUGUUCCAUAGAUUACAGGGGACUCAACUUUGAGCUUAUACCGUUUGGAUCUGGUAGGAGAAUGUGUCCAGGGAUGACGAUGGGAAACACACUUGUUGAAUUGGGAUUGUUGAACUUGCUUUACUUCUUUGACUGGGGAUUGCUGGAGAAGGAAGAAGCCAAGGAGAUCAUCACCGGAAAUGAAGUUGCCCUUGACCUCGUUCAAGUUCUUCACCAUUAAAUAUAUGGUUUAAUUUGGCUAUGUAAUGUUAGUACUAAAGUAAGAGUAGUUUUGAAAUAUGUCCAAUAGUACACUUUAUCUUGCUUCUCGACAGUUCCGUAGAUUACAGAGGACUAAACUUUGAGCUUUAACC